AUGAUUAGAUAAAAAUAAUUUUUAAACAACAAUAAUAAUGUAUAUGUGUAGAGGAAUGGGUAUGGAAUCUUUUUAGAAUCUUGCCCAUGGGGUUUCUAACACAUUUUUAAAUUUACAUUCCUUAAUCAAAUUCUAUUAAUUAUAUGUUCUCAUAUGUUGUAAUAUAAUAUUGUGAUAAUUGUCUAGAUAUUUCUGCCCUCGUAUAAUGAUAAUAAUAAUAAUAAAUCUAUGUUGUGUAGGAUGAAUUUGUUUAUAUUCUUUUAUUUUCUGAAUUUUAUUUAUUCCAUCCACGCCCUUGGUGUUUUCUACAAACGCUCCGAAAUUUUAAUACCUAAAAUUUCCAACUUUUCCUUCACACCCUUUAAACUUUUCCUCAAUAACAAUAACAAAGGCUUCUCAUUCAUUAAUAAAAUUCCCAACCACUUCUCCAACACCUCUAGAUUAGUCGACUUAAAUAACUCAUUCAACUCUUCCGAGGCACUAACCUAUGGAAAGAAUAAGAAUGUGUGUUCAAAGGCCAAGGAGAUAGUAUUGAGUGAUGAUUGCCGUAAUAGUUUAUUGAAUGGCAUUCUUAAGGUCGCAGACACUGUGCGUGUGACUUUGGGUCCAAGGGGGAGAAACAUACUACUGGAAAAGGAAUUUGGUUCCCCUAUAAUAGUCAAUGACGGUGUCACAAUUGCUCGUAAUAUUGAGUUAAGUGACCGUAAGAUGAACGCGGGAGCGAAGUUGAUCCAAGAGAUUGCGAGUAGUUCUGAUGACAGGGCCGGUGACGGGACAACUUCCACUGCUAUUUUAGCGGCUGAAAUCGCCUCCAAGGGUGUACAGUACGUAAACGAGGGUCACAACUCAAUCCCUCUCCAAAAGGGUAUUCAGAAGGCUGGAAAACUCAUCAUUGAGGAGAUUAAGCAGCUUAGUAAGCCUGUGGCUGGUUAUAAUGACCUCCUAAACGUUGGUACAGUUGCAACAAGUGGCAACGUUGUCAUGGGCCAAGUCAUAGCCAAGGCUUUUGACAAACUCGGUGGUAACGCUGCUGUAGUUUUAGAAGAUAAUCCUGCACUUGAAGAUGAAUUAGACUUCACUGAAGGUUAUACCUUCGAUCGUGGUUUCGCUAAUCCAUACUUUUUGCUAGGAGAGGAGAAGGAGAGUAUAGAAUGGAGUAAUCCUCAUAUCUUAGUGUAUGACGGCAAGAUUGAGAAUGCGCAGAGCGUGUUAAACAUCUUGGAAUUCGCCGCUAAGAAUAAAGUCAACCUCUUAAUCAUCGCUGAAGAUUAUGGCACUGAUGCCAUGCAAACCUUCAUCAUCAAUAAAAUGCGUGGAAUGCUCAAAAUUGCGGCUGUGAAAUCACCAAGUUUUGGUGAGAGGAGGAAGGAUUACUUGCAGGACAUUGCAGUUGCCACUGGUGCAACUUUUGUGUCAAGCGAUGUCGGGGUUGAUUUGAAUGACAUAACUCCAGAAAUGCUUGGACACGCUAAGAAUGUUGUUAUUAAGAAGGACAGGACCUCAAUUGUUACCAAUCCUGAAGUUUUGCCUCAAAUUAAGAACAGAAUAAACAGCUUAAUCCGUGAGAAGGAGAUGUGUACAAGUAGCUAUGACAAGACUAAGCUGUCUGAGAGGAUAGCAGCUUUGAGUGGUGGCAUUGCUCGAAUUAGGAUCGGAGCAGCCACUGAGACUGAGUUGAAGGAGAAGCGUCUGAGAUAUGAAGACGCAAUCAACGCAGUCAGAGCUGCAAUGGAAACAGGUUACGUACCAGGAGGAGGAGUUACGUACUUACAAAUGCAAAAUCCAGAGUUUACCAGAAAACUUAUGGAGUAUAUUAAAAACACCGUUGAUAAGGAGCUGAGCGAACUAACCCCUCUUGAUACUUCCACUGAUGCUGGAGCCACUCCUGUUCCAUCCGAAUUUGACAAAUUGGAUAGUCAAGAAGAGAUGGAAAGUGAGAUAGAGUUACAGCAAGCUGGAGCCAAGAUUGUCUUGGAUUCAAUGUCAAUUAUUACCAAACAAAUUGCCAACAAUGCAGGAGUGGAUGGUGAGAAGGUCGUAGAGCGUAUAUUGAAGAGUGGAAAGCCGUUUGGCUAUGGAUGGAACGCUAAGACUAAUUCGUACGGGGACAUGAUAAAACAGGGUGUUAUUGAUCCAAGCAAGGUGGUGAUGUCAGCAGUAGAGCACAGCACUUCAGUGGCAGGACUACUGCUAACCACAGAGGGAAUGAUGGUUGAAAAAGAGGAAAACAAACCCAAGGAAGAGGAAAUGCCGGCGAAUAAUUUUUAACCAAUGUAGCAAAUAUUAAUUACCUCCAUAUAUAU